AUGCUGACCAAGAAGAACCGGUACAUACAUAAUGAUACUAUUAUAGUGGAAGGUAACUGUAGUGCGGUCAUUCAACGCAUCCUUCCCUUAAAGCACAAAGAUCCUGGAAGUGUCACUAUACCGUGUUCCAUUGGCGAGGUUGUUGUAGGUAAAGCUCUCAUAGACUUGGGAGCUAGUAUCAAUUUAAUUCCUUUCUCCAUGUGCCAGCGACUUGGAGAGCUAGAGAUAAUGCCCACAUUCAUGACCCUCCAGUUAGCUUAUCACUCCAUCACAAGGACAUAUGGAGUGAUUGAAGAUGUCUUGGUGAAGGUCAAGUAUCUGAUUUUUCCAGCUGAUUUCGUCGUGAUGGAUAUAGAAGAGGACUUUGACAUUCCUCUUAUUCUUGGACAUCCAUUCAUGUCUACCGCAAGCUGCAUGGUAGACAAGGGAAAGAAGAUGCUGCAAAUGGGCAUAGAAGAUCAGAAAAUCAGCUUUGACCUGUUCCAUAAAGAUAAAGAUCCACCUAACCGAAAUGUUUGUUUGAAGGUUCAUGUGAUGGAGGAAAAGAGACCUGAGAAAAAGGUUCUGGAAGUAGGAACCUUGUUGGACCCUAGAUAA